AUGGCCGCGAGCAGCACGAUGCGUGCAUGGAUACAUAAAUCCCGCAACCUGCCGCUAGAGAAGGGGAUGGAGCUGGUGGAGGAGUACCCUCGUCCCGCAGACUCUCUUAUGCCCAAAGAGAUCCUCGUCCGAGUCAAGUGCGUGGGCAUCAAUCCAGCAGACCCUCUCUUCGCCGAGAUGUCCUGGCCAGGAAAAGCCAUGAUCAAGCAAACUCCACUGCCUGGCAUGGACUUUAGCGGGGAAGUCGUGUCGACCGGACGCAGCGUUACUGCCAUGCGCCCAGGCGACCGCGUUUUUGGUAGAGUGGACACGCCUAAAAGUGUACCUGGCACAAUGGCGGAGUUGACGAGAGCUGAGUUAGAGGGAUGUGUGCUGAUGCCACCAGGCAUGGACUUCGAGCAAGCUGCAGGUAUUGGGACAGCGGCCAUCACUGCUUAUGAGACCCUUGUUUUGAACUGCAAAUCGGGCGAUUCGGUCUUUAUCAAUGGAGGCACAGGUGGUGUCGGAACAUUUGCUAUUCAGUUUGCCAAAGCCCAUGGAUGUCACGUAACAGUGUCGUGCUCAACAACCAAAUUGGGUCUCUGUAAAGAGCUUGGAGCCGACGAUGUGAUUGACUACAGGACUCAGGACGUGGUAUCAACAUUGAAAGGAAAAGGGAGGGUUUUCGAUUUGGUUGUCGACUACGCACAUCGCGAGGAAACCAACCUAUACCGAGCCUCAAUUGAUUUUAUCAAGGAGGGUGGCAAGUUUGUCAUGAUCCCAGGCGGUGUGACGGGCAGAACGAUGCAGACGAUCACCAGGAACAUGCUUUGCCCAUCCAUACUAGGUGGUGGGCGGGCUAAGUUCGAGGUUUAUUUCGCAAAGAGCAAUCGGGCUGGAUUCGAGCAGAUCGCCGAGUGGAUGGCUGCCGGCAAGGUUCGGACGGUGAUAGAUACGGUGUUCGAAUUCGAAGACAUGCCCAAGGCGAUUGAGAAGAUCAAGUCGGGAACGGCUACGGGAAAGAUCGUUGUUCGUGUUUAA